GUCUUGAUCCCGCGCACCAUGUCUUCCACGCACGAAGCCCUGAAGGACGUUGAGGCCUACAUUUUUGAUGUCUUUGGUACAGUAGUGGACUGGUACGGGAACAUCACCGAGCAGCUCGCUGCGGCUGCACCGGAGGGUGGAAAUGAAGACUGGGACGCGUUUGCUACCGAGUGGAGGACGGGGUACUUCAAACAUGCGCAACAUGUCUCCGGAGGGGGAGAGGGUGCUACAAACAUGGACGUAGCUCACCGACAGGUCCUCGACGCCAUGCUCAAGUCAGAUCGUUGGAAGCACCUCUCCUCCCACUGGGAUGACGCAAAGAGGCAGGGACUUGUCAUGUCCUGGCACAAGGCACAGGGAUGGCCGGAUUCGACAAAAGGCCUGUACGCCCUAAAGAAGAAUCACAUAGUCGCCGCACUCUCCAACGGAAAUAUCCGCUUCCUCGUCGACUUGGCUAAGAAUGCGGACCUUCCUUGGGACGUCGUUUUAUCCGUGGAUCUAUUCGGAACAUGCAAGCCGAGCCCAAGGGUUUAUCAGGGCGCGCUACACCAUCUCAGCCUCCCAGGAGAGAGAUGCGCGAUGGUUGCCGCACACCUUUGGGACCUCAGAGCGGCUGCAAAGCAUGGGAUGAAGACAGUUUACGUACCUAGACCCACAGACGACUUGGAAGACAGAGACCAUGUGAAGUGCAAGGCGGAGGGCGGUGAAGUUGACGUUGUGGUGGGCUCGCUGGAGGAGCUGGCAGCACUACUUUGA